CCAACCUAUCCUUAGAAUAGGACCUUUCCAUUUACAACUUACAACCAUUCGACUUUCUAUCCUUUUGCUUCGCAGUCGAUCUUUUACACCUAAUUAUUUGAUUAUUUCUUCCUUUUGACAUAUACGCGAGCGAAUCGAACAUAAUCCUUUAUUCGUCCGGAGGAAAAUGUACACGCAAUAUCAACUUGCUACUCCCCUUCGACAAUGACGCACGCCAGGAACGAUGACCCCCCGAACCCGCACGGCGAAGACCGCGGUCUCCUAGAACACGGUCACGAUUACGACGACGACUACUUUGGCGUGGGCGACGACGAUUAUAGCAGUGGAAACGCCAGCGCAGACUUAGGAAAGGCUUCAGGCAAAGUUGAAGCUGAUGGCCAGCCCCGGACUCCCGGCCGCGUGCGCUUCGACUUGACACCGGAGAUUGUGGGCGUUAGCAAUGGAGAAGCUUUUGGCGGGUUUGCGGAUCGUGAGAGACGGUCUUCAGAUGAUGCGUACUUUGAUGUUGAGGAGGUGACGAGUCCGGGGCGGGCGCAUCGUGUACCGCUUCUGACGGACAUUGAAGCGCCGAGCGUGGCUCUUGCGAAUUCGAUGGGGGAUCCGUCUGAACAAGCUGAACAUGAGAUGAACCGACCAAAGUCAGGGCUCAAGUCAGCCUUCAUGAAUAUGGCGAACUCCAUCAUCGGUGCGGGCAUCAUUGGCCAACCAUACGCUGUGCGCCAAGCCGGACUGGUCGGGGGAAUCUUGCUGCUGGUAGGCUUGACGGUUGUAGUCGACUGGACGAUCUGUCUUAUUGUCAUCAACAGCAAGCUCAGCGGGACGAGUCAUUUCCAAGGAACAGUUGAGCACUGCUUUGGACACUCCGGGCUGAUCGCUAUCAGUGUUGCGCAAUGGGUCUUUGCGUUUGGCGGAAUGGUCGCAUAUGGUGUCAUUGUUGGCGAUACGAUUCCUCAUGUCCUAGUCGCCGUGUGGCCGAACUUGUCGAAUGUGCCUGUAAUAGGACUCUUGGCAAAUCGACAGGUUGCCAUUGCGGUGUUUGUGAUGGGCAUUGCCUAUCCCCUGACGCUGUAUCGCGAUAUCUCUAAGUUGGCUAAGGCAAGCACGUUUGCGCUUGUUGGUAUGGUGGUUAUUGUUCUCACCAUCCUUAUACAAGGUAUCUUGACACCAUCGUCAGAACGGGGCUCGUUUACACCUUCACUUCUCCUCUUCAAUGGCGGUUUCUUCCAGGCCAUUGGUGUUAUUUCAUUCGCCUUUGUUUGCCAUCACAAUUCGCUCCUGAUCUACGGGUCUCUCAAGACACCUACCAUUGAUAACUUUUCCCGAGUCACUCAUUAUUCAACUGGUAUAUCGAUGGUGUUCUGUCUUGUCCUCGCUCUAGGCGGUUUCCUUACUUUUGGUGACAAGACGUUAGGCAAUGUCCUCAACAACUUUCCAGCAGACAACACCAUGGUCAACAUUGCACGUCUUUGCUUUGGCCUCAACAUGCUCACCACCUUGCCCCUGGAGGCAUUUGUCUGCCGUGAAGUGAUGUUGACAUACUUCUUCCCUGACGAGCCCUUCAACAUGAAUCGUCAUCUCCUCUUCAGCACAAGCCUUGUUGCGUCAGCUCUGGUGCUAAGUUUGGUGACUUGUGAUCUUGGUGCUGUGUUUGAGCUUGUUGGAGCCACGAGUGCUGUGGCCAUGGCUUACAUCUUGCCUCCGUUGUGCUAUAUGAAGUUGACGACGCGAAGCUGGCGGACAUAUAUGGCGGGUGCAGUGGUCGUGUUUGGUAUGAUUGUCAUGGUCAUUAGUGUGAUCCAGGCUGUGCAGAAGAUGAUCAACAGCAAAGAUGGACCGGCGCAGUGUGUAUAAGCACCAGGCGUUUCUUACCUCUACCUUUUCACUUUUAUUCAAACAACAUUAUAGCAUAACGAAGCACAACAAACAUAGACCCUUAUUGGGACAACAAGCGUGUAAGAUAGUACGCAUGAAAGCAAGAUGCGUGACUGCAGGGAGUAUCGCUGCUUGAGAUAUAUAAGUCAUGUAAAAAAGGUGGAUGGUUUGGUUGCAAAUUUAUCAAAUAAGAUCAAAGAAAACCAUGUACCAUGUACAUUGGAUUGUGUAAGGAGUUACAUGGCGUGAUAUCGGUAUUUCAAUCAUUAUAGAGUUUUCAGUUCUUCGGCAGAUGAACUCGUAUUCUUAUUGCUC